GGAAUUGUAUUAAGAGUUGGAUUUCAUCACGCAUAAUACUUUCUCUGUUUGUAAGCUACCGUAUCUCCUAUCUUUUGCAUAGUUGCAACAAAGAUCAACGCCCCGCCGCAUCUCCUGCUCCGGCGCCGGCCGCCGUAUCUCGAUCCGUCCAGUCCACACUGCCAGCCAUGUCGUUGGCAGCGGCGGCGGGUCGCAUCGUGCGCACCGCCUCCGCCAUCGUCUCCAGGCCGUCGACGACCUCCCACGUGCUCAGGGUCGACGGCUACUCGCACCUCGUCGGCGUGCUCCAGCCCGGCGAGCACGUCGACUCGUGCGUCUUCGACGCCGGCGGCCACUCCUGGCGUCUCCAGCUCUACCCCAAUGGCAGCAACGACCAAACACACAGGAGCCACAUCGGCGUCUUCCUCCAGCUCGCCGCCGCCGGCGGCCACCCUAGCGACGGCGACGGCCGCGUGCGUGCCCGGCCACGGUUCAGCCUGGUUGAUGUCGCCGGCAAGCCAGCGCCGUCGCGGGACGCCGGAGUUCAUGGCUUCUACCAUGGUCAUUACUGGGGAUUCAAGGACUUCAUCGCCAGGGAGGAAUUGGAGCGAUCGGAGUAUCUUCGAGAUGAUUGUUUUGCAAUCCAAUGCGACGUCGAUGUCACAACCGUUCGGAAGUGCCAUGAUCACCCGGUGUUUAUCUCCCAAAAUAUUUCUGAAAAUCGUGUAUCCGAUACAACAUAGUAUAUCUAAUGCUUUUGCUGUAACUAUAUAGCAUUUUAUCCAUGCAUUGCAAUGGAAUCUUUAUUAAAAAAAUAUCAUUAAUAUGUUGUUAGCAACUUAAGCA